GCUGGGUGAGGCACCAGGGGCCGCUCGGCCAGAGAGCCAGGGCUCGGGCUGUUCCUCUCAGAGCCCAGCAGGGAGCCCGGCCCUGCCCAGCCCAGCCCAACCCGACCCAGCCCGGGCCUGCCCAGCCGGAAUCUCCCAUUUCCAGGAUGGUGCCGGCAGACGUGGAGAAGGAGCGGAAGCAGCAGGCGAUGGACAUCGUGAGGGAGAUGACGGGGCAAGAUGUGUCCCUGGACCUGGGGAAGAAGAUGAGCGUCCCACAGGACCUGAUGAUGGAGGAGCUGUCUCUGCGCACCAACAGGGGGUCCCUCCUCUUCCAGAAGAGGCAGCGGCGGGUACAGAAGUUCACCUUGGAGUACCCUGCUGGGCCCCGCAGAGGAGUGACCGGAGAGGCCGGAGGGACCGAAAGUCACGACACAAGAGCGGCGCAAACAUGGGAGGCAGCCAAUGGCCCAGAGGGGAAGGAGAGCUACCGCACAGAAAUCCACAUCACCCCAUCAGGCCAGGUAAUCCCGACUUCAGGGCCCGUAGGAACCAGCCAACUGUCCUCAGCCAGCCCAAGCAACCUGGCUCCAGGCUAUUCUGAGCCCCUGAAGGGAGUCCCGCCCGAGAAAUUCAAUCUCACGGCCAUCCCCAAGGGGUACCAGUCUCCCUGGAGGGAAUUUAUCAGCAGCAAGGACUAUCAGCUGCACAACCUGAGCUUCCUGCCCAAGAUGGCCAGCCCCACGGACUACAGGAGCUUCAACAAGACUCCCAUGCCAUUCGGAGGGCCCCACUUCAGCGAGACGUUCCCCGGACUGGACACCAUCUACCCUCUGGCCGAGCCUCUGAGCGGCCUGGAGCUCCUCCAAAGCCGGCCCAGUUUCAACAGAGUCCCCCAGGGCUGGACCCGGAACCUGAACCUGCCCGAGUCCGAGGACCUGUAGCUCGUUUACCCCUCCGCUCCCCUUGGGCUUCAGGGAUCAGUCCCGUCCUUCCCUCCGCCACUUUAAAGAGCAGGCCGGAGAUCCCGCCCAGAGCUUACUAGCCACGUUGUGCUCUGCCACACUGUGAUGGGGUUGUGUGUCCCCGUCCCCCCCGAUCUUUCUCUCCCCUACUUUGGGGCUGGGUGAGGCCCACCGGUGUGAAAUAGGCCGUACGUCCCUCGCGUGAGGCUUUCACACAUCCUGACCCGUCGUAUGUUCUUUCCUGAGUGCGUAGUCCUGUCGUCUCCACCCAGUAGGUGCUCAAUAAAUAUUAAUAAUGAUGA